AUGGCGGAGGCAAACAUUCCACACAUAGCAAUCAUACCGAGUCCUGGUGUGGGUCACAUAAUUCCACUCGUUGAGUUCGCAAAGCAACUCGUUGACCACCACCGUUUCACCGUAACAUUCAUCUUCUCCGGAGAAUCAUCGCCGUCUAGUGCCCAAACAUCCGUUCUCAACUCUCUCCCUACCUCCAUAGCCUCCGUAUACCUUCCUACCGUCGAUCUCUCCGACCUUCCCUCUACCGCGGGAAUCGAAACUCGGAUCUCCCUCACCGUGACUCGCUCUAUCCCAGCGCUCCGGGAGCUUUUCAGCUCGUGGUCCUCGGAGAAACGUCUCCCGGCGGUUCUCGUCGUCGAUCUAUUUGGUACGGAUGCAUUCGACGUGGCCGUCGAGUUCCACGUGUCACCGUACGUCUUCCACACAUCAAAUGCCAACGUCUUAUCGUUCUUGCUUCACUUGCCGAAACUAGACGAAACGGUGUCGUGCCAGUUUCGGGACUUAACGGUACCGGUUGACAUUCCCGGUUGUAUCCCGAUGACCGGUAAGGAUUUUUCCGAUCCUUGUCAGGAACGAAACGACGACGCAUAUAAGUGGCUUCUUCACCACGCCAAGAGGUUCAAAGAAGCCAAAGGGAUUCUACUGAAUUCUUUCGUCGAUUUAGAGCCAAACGCUAUAAAGGUUUUACAAGAACCCUCUCCUGAUAAACCACCGGUUUACCCGAUUGGACCGUUGGUUAACACAGAGUCAAUUUAUGCUAACCGGAACGAUGAGUCUGACUCUGAAUGUUUAAACUGGCUGGACAACCAACCACUCGGCUCAGUUCUAUACGUAUCAUUCGGAAGCGGCGGGACACUCACGCGUGAGCAGCUCAAUGAGCUCGCUUUCGGUCUAGCGGAGAGCGAGAGACGGUUUAUUUGGGUCAUCCGAAGUCCGAGCGGAGUAGCUAAUUCUUCAUAUUUCAACUCACACAGCCAAACCGAUCCGUUGACUUUCUUGCCAGAUGGGUUUUUGGACCGAACCAAGGAAAAAGGGUUGGUGGUUCCGUAUUGGGCCCCACAGGUCCAAAUCCUGGCCCAUCCAUCCACAGGUGGAUUUCUAACACAUUGUGGGUGGAAUUCGAGUCUUGAAAGCAUCGUAAACGGUGUGCCGCUCAUAGCGUGGCCUUUAUACGCAGAGCAAAAGACCAACGCGUUGCUGCUUGCGGAAUAUGUUGGGGUGGCUCUAAGAGCGCGAAACAACGGGGAAGAAGAUGGGAUCAUAGGAAAGGAAGAAGUGGUGAAAGUGGUUAAGGCAUUGAUGGAAGGAGAAGAAGGGAAAGCGAUAAGGACUAAAAUAAAAGAGUUGGAAGAAGCAAGUGUUAGAGUGUUUAAAGAAGAUGGGACCUCUACAAAGGCACUCACUCAAGUUUCCUUAAAGUGGAAAGCUCACCAUUACUAA